AAACCAUUGGGCCAAGCCCUGGCCGAGGCUUGGGCCAAUGGUCAGCUGCCGAAGCUUGGCAAGUGACAACAGGGCCAAGGCUCGUCCUAUAGUCAGCCUUGGCGAUUCCUAUCUGGGCACUAACGUGGGAAUUUUAUUAACUCGAGAUUUUCAGAAUCGUUUAGGUGCAAAUCCAACAAUUUGGGAGUUUUUGAAAAAAUACAUUCUGUAUAUCAAUGCAGCCAAAAGUGAUCUAAGAAAAUUACAAGAAAAUCCUGUAGCAGUCAUUACUCGAUUCCCUCGAGCUCAUCAUUUAUGCAUUGAAAAAUUAUUAUUAGUACGAUUAUGGAAAUUGUUGACACGUCAAGAAAUAACUGCUAAUGAAUUUUUAGAAAGAAUGAUACACCUACAACAAAACUACUUUAACGAUUUAAUACAUAACUCUGAAUUAUUAAUUGAUGAGCAAUUAGUUAUCAACGAAGUACAAAAUAAUGAAAAUCAAGAAGUUGGUGUUGGAAAUGAAAAUUUAGAAGUCGUAGCCGACGAACCUGGUCAAAACAAUUAUCGCCCGAUGAUUUGUCAACUCUGUAAUGAACAUCCAAUUGGAAUUGUUUGUGUACCCUGCUUACAUGUUCAGAUGUGCUCUGUGUGUUCUCAAUCCGCACAAGAUGCAGCAAAUGCUGAACAUCGAAGACUGCAGUGCCCUUUUUGCAAUCAGCGAGCAACGUUUCAUGAAGGGGAAUUCCGAGAAAAUCCCAAUGGCGAUGAAUUCCCAUUUAUGAUAUGCGAGAUAUGUAAUAUUAAUACUAUUAAUAUUAUUUGUAUCCCGUGUUUACAUAUUUGCGUCUGUCAAAUGUGUUCCAAUGAACGGACUGCUCGGGGAAAUAACAAUUGUCCGACUUGCGAUCAAGAUACAGAAUUUCGACGAGCAUAUUUUCCUUAAUUAAUAAUAUUACAUUAUGAAUAAGUUUUACUAUUAUACGACGUAUAAGUUAAUAAUUAAGUGAAAGUAAUCAUUUUAAAUAACAAUA